ACAUCCUCUCAGCUGUUUCUGCUGGAGAAAAACACAACGCUGGUCGCAGAGACCCGCUUAAAGUAGCCACGGGGCUUUUCUAACUGACAAUUCUAUCACCUUUCAGUCUUGAAAACAGCGACUGGCGUUUAUUAAUGGGAAAAAGACAUGUGAUGAUGAUCUGAGGUGAUUGGAAAGCCUGAAUCAUCCUGUCUUUCAUCUGCCCAAAGAAAGAACCCUUUCCUCUUCAAUGUGAAGAAGAGUUGGGCCUGUGGAAGUGUUUCACCUCCUCUUGUUCUACUUUUUUCUUUUUUUCUCUCUCUUUUCUCUUGGAGAGGAGGGGACCAUGGGUGGAGCAGUGAGUGCAGGGGAGGACAAUGAUGAUUUGAUUGACAACCUGAAGGAGGCUCAGUAUAUUCGUACAGACAAGGUCGAACAAGCUUUUAGGGCUAUAGACCGUGGUGAUUACUAUUUAGAGGGCUACAGGGACAAUGCCUACAAAGACUUAGCAUGGAAGCAUGGCAAUAUUCACCUCUCAGCCCCAUGCAUCUAUUCAGAGGUAAUGGAAGCAUUGAACCUCCAGCAAGGACUGUCUUUUCUCAAUCUGGGCAGUGGCACGGGAUACUUAAGCACAAUGGUGGGCCUGAUCAUUGGUCCUUUUGGAGUAAAUCAUGGUGUAGAGCUCCACAAGGAUGUGGUGGACUAUGCAAAAGACAGACUUGAGGAGUUCAUAAGAAACAGUGACAGCUUUGACAAGUUUGAGUUCUGCGAACCCAGUUUUGUAGUGGGGAACUGUCUGGAGAUCUCGUCAGACAGCCAUCAAUAUGAUCGCAUAUACUGUGGAGCAGGAGUUCAGAAAGACCAUGAGAACUAUAUGAAGGUCAUGCUGAAAGUUGGCGGAAUUCUUGUCAUGCCAAUCGAGGAUCAAUUGACUCAGAUAACCAGAACCGGUCAGAGCUCGUGGGAGAGUAAGAACAUCUUGGCGGUUUCUUUUGCACCUCUCGUACAGCAGAGCAGAAAUGACGGCAGCAAGCCUGAUGCCGUGGUGCUGCCUCCGUUUUCUGUGAGGACUCUACAGGACAUCGCCCGCAUCUAUAUUCGCCGCACGGUGCGCAACCUGGUCAACGAGGAAGCACUGUCCAAAGGCCCAGUGCAGAGAGUGCCUCAGAAACGUAAACGCCGGCGAUGCCGCCCUCCCCGCAUAAACACAUACGUCUUUGUGGGGAACCAGCUGAUUCCAGAGCCCAUGGAGAGCGAGGAAGAUGAGCGGAUUGAGAAGGAAAGUAAAGAGGAAGAGCAGGACAAAGACACUGUGGAGCCGUUGAAGCCAGAGGAGCCUCAGGUUAACUUGCUGAGAGACAAAAUUCUAAACCUGCCUCUGCCAGAGCCGCUGAAGGUGUAUCUGUUGUAUUACCGUGAGAAAUAGUCAAACGACCAGGCAUUCUGCCUAUGGAUGAGUGGAUUUUCAUGGUGGUUCUCUUUUAGGGCAAUUUUGUUCGUCCUGUUAAUUUCUUUGAUUGUAGCAUAAUUUGAUUUUUUUCAGGAUGGUAAGUCUGAAUCUGGAACCUGUAUGGUUUAUUAUAUACUGUUCUAAUGAUUCAUAAUCCUGUUACUGAAUCUGAUUUAGGAAUCCUUUGAGCACUGAGGAUCUGUGGGGGCUCUCCAGAACAUUCAGAAGUUUCUAGUUCGCUAUGUUUAUACUCAGAGUUUGCUAAAUUUGCUAAGAUAUUUUUUCGAUAUUGUACCAGAAUCUUGAUGGUUUUUUUCCCCCUAUGAUUCACAGGCUUAUAUUGCGCAGUCUUGUCAUUGAUCAAAUGAGUCAGAUUUGUAGUAGUCCAUAGUUCAUUUUCCUCAUCACUACACAUAUGUAAUUGGUUAGAGAUGACUGUUGCCUUAUGGGAAUCUAAGCUUGUGUUUGUUUCUUCUUUUUGUGAGGCUUGUUAAUCGGCCUGGACCUGUUUGGUGAAGCCCUGUUUUGUCUGAAAGCUCAAACUGGCUGUGAGGUCAGUGAAGAAGCUGGCUUUAUGGAUUUGCAAACUUUCUUAAGGGGAGUCCUCAAGUUGUUUUCAAACUUAUAACAUUUGUUGGGCUAAUCUUAGAAUAGGGUCUCAGUUUUAGCACAUUUUUGGAUUUCCAUAAUCUAGAACAUUUGUGUUGUGCACUGGAUCAGCUGUUGUAGAGUAAGGAAAACACAAAAAUGUGCAGAGCUUGAAGAUUGCCAGCCUCUUUCUUAGAUUAAGUUUAGUCUUUGGCUUGUUAUGGAGAUUUAUCUAUGAUGAGCUCCUUUUUAGUCCACCACACUUAAUCUGUGUCGAAAAACAUCCAUUUUGCUUCAUCUGAGCCUCUGGCUAUGUGUUUAAUAAGCUAGUUUUGCUGUAGCUUAAUAGAAUUCCUGUGUUAGGAUUUUCUGAAAACACUGAUGCUUGCUUGUGGCAUAAAGUGGAAGGUCAUGAGUGUCUGUGUAGUGUUUGACAGAGUGCAGUAAACACAGUCUUUUCCUUUGAACGUAUUUAGAAAAUAUUAUUGAUGGUAGGUAUGGAGUGUAACUGGGCACCAUGUGAAACCAGAUGGAGAUCUUUGAGCUGAAGAAUUUCUUUUAACGUGAAAACUGUAUACUCCUAACUCAUUUAGCACUUUCAGUUUGUAAUUUCUUAAUUCUUAAAUUGAGGGUGUUCAUGUUCUUUACCAUUUCAGGAGCACGGAACAAAAUCACAUUCAGUAUAUCCUGUACUUAUUGACAGAUGGAGAUACUAAGGAGUGUGUAGAUAGAUCACCACAGGCAGACCAAGCACUGCAUCCACCUCUCCUUGCCUUCUGAGGAACAUAUUAAUGUCUAAAAAUUCUCAUGGUUAACUUGUCAAAGUAAAGCAUUGCCUGUUUUUCCUAAAAGCACAAAUAUAUUACUGAUUUGAACAUGAUGUGUAUAGCUGUGGGGCCCCUGGCCCAUAACCAAUCUUUUACACAGGGAUAAAUCUUUUUCAGGGUAUAGGACUAUUACCUGCUGGUAAAAUGUACAGAAUUGUACAACUUGUGUCGGGUUUUAAACGUGCUGGAAUUUGUAAAAGCUUGAUCUACUAAUAUCCAUAAGUGUUUGCUUCAGUUGUGUUCUUCGUUUGCUCCUCACCAGAAAGGCACCUAGUGUGGAUACAUAUGCCGUUCAUAUAGAAUAUAAUGUACAUAUAGGCAGAGGCUUUGUUAGGGUUUACAGUUUAUCAUACCUGUCAGUUUCUGGUUUUCAUGAAUACAUUUUAGAUGCAUUAUUAUUUUGACAUUGACUUGAAAAACCUGUUGAUUGCACUAGAUUGAGCAACUGUCAAAAAUGCUAAAAAUCAUGUCAUUAAUGUAGGACACAGAAAAGAAAAUCUGUCCCCAAAAACACAGCACUAACUGUUCAGGCCAGAAUACUUUAAAUGAAUAGCCUGAACUUGAAAUUUAGAGAAAACUCUUCAUUUGAUUUCAUGCAUUUUGUAAAUCUGAAAGCAGAGUUUCUACUGGAUCAACACUUUUCAGAAACCACUGUCUCAGCACUGUUCUUUCCCACUGAACCCCAUUAUAGAAUGUAUAUUCUGGCUAUAGAAUGUAUAUUCUAUAUUCUAGACCUACUUGCCAAAAAAUGCCUUUUCAUGAUGUCUGUUAUAUCAACUUCCUUAAAUUGGAUGCUUUUUAUUGAAAUGAUCCUUUAAGUUUAUGGAACUCAGCAAGCACAUUUUCUUGGGCUUCUCACAAGGGGUUUAUUUUUGGCUAAGGUUUGGUUGCAGAGUAUUUGUAACCAGCUUUUUAGGAUUUUACUGCAGUACUGCACACUUGUACUAUCCCAGAUUAUUAGUUCUUGCAUUCAGACUGUUGAUGUUACUAUCUUAAAGGAGUGGCUUGAAGUGCAGCCUUGACAGCCUUCACCAUAGCCCACCUCAUAACCAAGUUUCUCAGAGUGCACAUUUAGGCAGCAGACUGUAAUGUUCAUUAAAAAAAGAGGUUUAUGUCCAUUUUUGUCUGGUUUUCCAAAUAAAACUCUUAUGCACUUAUCUUGCCAACAUUAUCUGUUCUAUUCAGUCUAGCACUUUAGAAUCUAUAUGUUGCGGUAUUUGUUUAGGAAGGCUGCACACUUUUGAAAAGAAAUCAGAUUUGUCCUGCUGCCUAAACGUAGCCACAGUUAGUAAAGCAGUGUUCCAUGAAAAACCAAUAGUUUAAAUCCUAAAGAAAUUUCAUCCAUUUCAUAGGUAGCUGAGGCAUGACCUGGUGGUUUUGAGGAAAAGAAGUAAAAGCUUUCCAUAGGAAAAAGAGAUCAGAAUUUUUAAAUUUUUUUUGCAGGAAACAAUUCAAGAAAAUAUUUUAAAUGGGUUUGUAUACUUGUCUCUGUUGAGUUUACUUAGUUUCCCUCUACACAUCUCUGAAUUCACUUUACAGUCAGGCUAAUUUAUCAUAGUGGCAGAAUUCUGAUUUUCUCUGAUAACUUUACUAUAGGAAUCACAGAUUAUGGGUCUCAAGGUAAAAAAAACUCCUUUGCACUUUUUUUUUAAUCUGGGGAGCUUCAACAUUCCUGUCAGCAUUUCAAAUGGACAUGCUCUCUCACAAACUCGUUAAGUCUGUGUGUGUGAAUUUUGAGGUGCACCACUUUGUAAUUUGAUGCUCUGUUCACAAGCGUUUUUUUCAUUAAACAUAUUCCCAGAACUCUGA